UACUAUCCCCUUUUCUCCCCCCAAUAAUUAACCUAAUUAUUUUUAGUAAACAACAGAGAAAAAAGAUUUUGAGAAGCUGCGAGUUAUGAUCGACAAAGAAACCCUAAUCAAUAACCACAAUCUGAUGAAUUAAGUACCCAAAUUUUUAGGAAGAUGUAGUAUAUAAUAUAAGAAGCUUCAUUUCCUUACCAGUUUCGUUUUUUGUUUUGGUAUAUUUUGAUUGAAUCACACGGAACACAAUCAAUCAAUUAUGAUAUCUUCCUUCGUAAUGUGACCUAAUCAGGUCUCAUUUUUAUAUUUGAAUGGUUUAUAUUGUUUCUUUAUACUAUGGCUUGGUGGGAUUUAAGACCCUUUCAAUCUAUAACCACCCGUUUUCAGGAUUUAUCGAGAAGGAUGCUGGGGUUCUCUGCUACGACUAGUGCUCACUUUUCAUCCAUUAAUUCUCCACUGAUAGACAAAAAGAAUGAAGAGGAAUUCGGGCAGCGGGAAGUCCAGCUUGAUUCACACACUAUGAGUUCUCACGGAUAUGCAGUUGCUAGAAUACACAUGCAUGAUUGGAUCAUGCUAUUACUCCUUGUAUUGAUUGAAAUCCCCUUAUACAUGAUCCAUCCUUUCUAUCGCUUUGUUGGGAAGGAAAUGAUGACUGAUCUUAAAUAUCCCCUGAAGAGUAAUACAGUUCCUGUUUGGGCUGUUCCGAUGCUUGCAAUGGUAUUGCCUAUCGUGAUCUUUAUCGUUCUUUAUCUCCGAAGAAGAGAUAUCUAUGAUCUUCAUCAUGCCAUACUGGGUCUACUGUUCUCCAUUUUAGUAACAGCGGUGAUAACGGAUGCAAUAAAAGAUGCAGUAGGACGACCUCGGCCAGACUUCUUUUGGCGAUGUUUUCCAGAUGGAAAGGAUGUUUAUGAUAAAUGGGGAGAUGUCAUUUGUCAUGGUGACAAGAGUGUCAUUAAGGAAGGACAUAAGAGUUUCCCAAGCGGCCAUACUUCAUGGUCAUUUGCUGGUCUGGGUUUUUUAUCGUUGUACUUGUCUGGAAAAUUAAAAGCAUUUGAUCGCAAAGGUCAUGUUGCAAAACUUUGUAUUAUUUUUCUACCACUACUUGCUGCAUCACUUGUCGCCGUUUCUCGAGUUGACGACUACUGGCAUCAUUGGCAGGAUGUGUUUGCUGGAGGUCUAAUAGGGCUCGUAGUAGCUACUUUUUGCUAUUUACAGUUUUUUCCACCUCCUUAUCAUCCUGAAGGUUGGGGUCCUUAUGCUUAUUUUAAGAUGUUGGAAGAAUCACGAGUUACGUCACAGGGUCCUAAUGCUCAAAAUGGUGCUCAAUCUGAAAACCAAGAAGGACAAAGUCAACAUGGGUGUAUAGGGCUAUCUUUAGCAGAGAAUCAAACUUCAACAUUAGAAGAUGAACUUGAAUCAGGGAGGAGAUAAAAUCUGCGCACAUCACGAUUUUGCUCUUUGUAAAUUAUAUCCUAGGUUUUGUUGAAUAUGAUUUCAACUCGGUUGUAGCUACUAACUUUGAAGACUACUUUUUGUUUACAAGAGUCAGAUUUAGAACAGUCUGUUAUUUUGUGAAUAAUAUGGACAUAAGGGUCCUGAAUUGAUAGCCAAUUUAAUAUAUGUUUGGUAAA